UUAAAGAAGAAAAGGUAACACCUGAUAUUGUAUCAAAACUCUCAAAAGUUGAAAUGCAAAUUUUAGGAGUUGCUGAUAGAUCAGCCAUGAUGAAAUUGAGAGUGGCUUGUAUUCACCAUGGAAGCAAUCUUUUGAUACAAAGAAAUUCUGGGUACUUGAUACCAGAAGAUGUGUUGGACUUUUUGCUGGAAUCUAAGUUCAAAAUCAUUGAAAUUUCUCAAAUGUUAAAUGUGUCAGAGAGCACAAUAUACAGAAGGAUGAGACGAUGCAAUCUUUCUGUAUCAAAAUAUAACGAUAUAUUAGAUCAUGAGCUGGAUCAAAUAGUUUCUGAAAUUGCUACAGAGUUCCCGAAAUGUGGAGAAACAAUGGUCAGAGAAAUUCUUCGGCAAAAAGGUGUCCAGGUAACAAGAGCAAGACUGCGAGAGAGCUUACAUAGAACAAAUGGGGAUAACAUAAAAAGCAGGAUAAAAGGAAGAUUACAAAGAAGAGUUUACAAUGUCGAAGGUGUCAAUCAUCUUUGGCAUAUAGAUACAAACCACAAAUUGAUCAGAUGGAAUUUCAUAAUCGUUGGUGGUAUCGAUGGCUUCAGUAGGUUUGUCACAUUCCUUAACUGUACAGACAACAAUAAGUCUGAAACAAUUUUCAGUUGUUUCCAAAGUGCUAUUCGAAGCUAUGGCUUGCCUUUAAGAGUUCGCUCUGAUAAAGGACUUGAGAACAAAGCUGUCGCUGAAUAUAUGGUCAGAACUCGAGGACCAAACAGAGGAAGCAUGAUAACUGGAAAAAGUGUCCACAACCAAAGAAUUGAGAGGCUGUGGAGGGAUGUGUAUGAAGGAGUUCUCUGCUACUACUAUGAACUUUUUUACUAUAUGGAAGACGUACAACUGCUUGAUAUUUUGAAUGACAUACAUAUGUUUUGUUUACAUUAUGUGUAUCUGAAAAAGAUAGACGAAAAGCUUCAAAUAUGGAAAGAAGCAUGGGCUAAUCAUAGAUUACGCACUGUUAAGACCUCGCCAUUGCAUUUGUUUGCAGCCGGCAUUAUCAAUAAUCCAAUUGAUGUUUUAGAUUUAGAUUGGGAACAGUAUGGUAUUGAAGAUAAUACUGAUGUUCAAUAUCUUCACAAUGUUAAUCCCAGGCCUGUGUUUGAUCCGCCUUCAUAUGCAGUAACAAAUGACACUCUACAAGAAUUGCAACAACAUUGUCCAUUUAAUUGGCAUUCUGCUAACUAUGGAAUUGAUAUUUUCCAAAAGGCUGUGGAAAUUGUCGAAAGAAACAACAGCUUAACAAUAUGAUAUACAAUGUAAAUUCACUUGCCAUUGUCUGCAAGACUAGUGUAUCUUUUUUCCUAAUCUGCUUGGCCCAUUGACUAAGAAUGACCAGAUUUUUAUCAUGACUAAAAAGGGCUAUUUAGUUACCAUUCAUGACUCUACUACAAUGACUCUUCAUGAUGGUCAAUAAAAUUAGUAAGAUGAACAAAGAUUUGAGAUUUGUUUUUAUUAUACUGCUUUUUGAUAGAAAAAAAUGUCAUUCCUUCUUGGUUUGAAAAAAUAAACAUAGGUAAUCAAACUUUACAUAGCUCACCGAGAUGAAGGGUCACCUUUAUGAGAUCGCCUUUAUUAUAUCAUACGAAAAUGUAUAAUGUCAUCGUACAAUAUGAUAUUUUAUUAUGAGAUACUCUUCUGUAUCACGUAUAUUGUAUCAGAUGAUUUUUAUUGUUUGGUAUCAAACGAUAGAAUUUAAAAUACAUUGCAUUAUAUUAUAUACUUGUAAAAUAUCAAACAAUCUGAUACAAUCAUAUAAUAACAGAUCAUAUUAUACAAUUUCAUAAUGAUAAAAUACAAAACUGAAUCAUAUUAUACCAAAAAGUUAUGUUAUAUGAUAAAAUAUUCAUAAUAUGAUUAAAUACCAUUGUG